GUUCACAGAGGAUGGAAGCAUCAGAGCAGCCAUGUGGCUUUAAACGAAGCUGCUCCACUAGAAAUACUCCUCAGCUUUUAGGACAUCACAUUCCUCAGGAUUCUUCUCUCUGCUCGCUGUUCGGAGGUGUUCUGAGUCUUGGCUCCUCGUCAGGGUGACUCAGGCAGCAGACAGAGAUGUUCUCGUUAAAAGGAGACUAUCGCUCCUAUUCCCGCGACAUCAUCAUCCCACACGAGUGGAGCUCCACGGUGUGCGCUCUGAUGCUCAGUCCCGCACAGUAGCGGCUGCAGGAGGCUACCGGAGCACCGGAGACAAGCAGGAGGAGGAGGUUACCGGAGGGAGCACCGGGAGGCGGCAGAGCUGAGCGGCUCCUUCCACCGGGUCUGGACGCACCGUUUUUCGGGGCUGCUGCGCCCCCUCUCCUCCCUCCCUCCCUAGCCAUGGCAUCCACGGAUCGAUCCACGGGAGCGCGUUGAGGCUCGAAGCGAUGCAGUCUCUGUUCGGCGGAGGCGAGCUGGGGCUGCUGGGAGGAGGCGGCGGCGACGGCAGCGGCCUGAAGGAGGAUGGCUGCGGCAGCGUGGUGUGGCGGUCCUCGCCGCUGCCCCCCGACGACGUCUACUCGGCCUCCCACUUUGCCCUCAUCACCGCCUAUCAGGACAUCAAGACGAGGCUGGCCUGCCUGGAGCGCGAGAACACCAGCAUCAAGAGGAAACUCAAGAUCUAUGAGAUCAAGUUUCCGAUGAUCAGCGAGUUUGGGGAGGACACCAACUCCUACUGCUCCUUCGAGAGCAAGGAGACGGCGCUGCUGCACUCAGAAAAUGGAAAUCUGCAGCAGAGAGUCAACGUCCUGACCCACGAGCUCCAGAAGAGGAAGGAGAGAGAGGAGCAGCUGGAGGACGUGAUCCAGGCCUACGAGAAGAUCCACAUGGAGAAGAGCAACCUCCAGAGAGACCUCGACAAGAUGACCAGCCUGGUGGAAAAACACGUGGAGCGCAUCCUGAGCCUGGAGUCGGCUCUGAGGCAGAGAGACAACUCCCUGCAGAAACUCAACAUGCAGCUGCACAGCAAAGACAUGCAGUAUCUGCAGCUGCACGCCGGCCCAGACACACACAUGCUGGACUGUCCGGCCCUGACCCUCCAGAGCUCCCGCAGCCUGGACGCCCUCUCCGACCUGAAGCUGCAGCGGCUGGAGGCGGAGCUUGAGGGGGCGCGGCACGAAGCCCAGGGGGCGUGUCAGCGCGAGGAGGAGCUGAAGGCGGAGUGUGAGAGGCUGAAGGACGAGAUGAGACAGCUGCAGAACAGCCAGAGGGAGAGGGAAAUGACUUCUCCGUGCAAGCAGUGCGAUGUGGAGUGGAUAAAGAAGGUGGGAGACGAGCAGGUGAAUCUGGCUCUGGCCUACACCGAGUUAACGGAGGAGCUGGGACGCCUCCAAGCGCUGAGCUCCAAGCAGACGGAGAUCCUGAGGAAAGCCACGCAGGAGCAGGCCAGUCCAGUCCAGCGUCACUCUCCCAUCCACCACCAGCGUCACUCUCCGGUAUCUCAGCGCCACUCGCCCAUCUCCCAGCGCCACUCUCCGGUCCCUCCACCUCCACACCACUCCCCGAUCCCACAGCGACGCUCCCCGGUGCUGCAGCGCCUCUCCCCAGACAUGCACCGCCGCUCGCCCCUGCUGGAUGUCAACGACGGACCGGCCUCCUACUCCUGCCGGCCGCCCACCCAGCACCUGAGGGCCAGCUUCCAGGGCCGGCGCAGCUACUCCGAGGUCGCCGACCCCUCGGCCUACCAGUGUCCGCCUCGCUUCUCCCUGGAUCCCGUCUCCACCCUGCCCAAGCCUCGGCCCUACGUAGAUGGCUAUUCAAAGCAACAGCCCCAGCUGGUGGGCCCUCCUCACUGUGGACUGCAGCACAGAGCGUCCCCGUCUCCACAUCAAGGCGGUGCAGGAAGCGACGGGGGCCUCGGGGACAGCUCCAUGCGCCACUCCAGGGAGAUGCCGUUUCCUCUGUCGGAGGUGGCACACCUUCAUUUCGAGCCGCCUCCUCCUUCCACGCCGGCCCCCCAGCCCCCGCAGUCCUCCGAGGAUGAGGAGGAGUGGGCGUGUCCUCAUCCCAUCAGCCCUCCCAGAACGCUGGGAGUGCUCUCUGCAGCGGUGCCCAGCAACAUCAUGAGGGGUCCAGCGUCCUGCUCAGCCUUUCCCAUCCCUCAGAGGCCGAAUACUCUCAGCUGCCACCCACAGCCGGGGUACAUGUCAGCGGAGCACGCUCAGUCCUGGCCUUCCAUCAACCUCUGGAUGGAGACCGAGGAGAGCGACAUGAGGAGCUGCCCUCUCUGCCAGCUGAUAUUCCCCGUCGGUUACCCUGACGAUGCCCUCAUCAAGCACAUCGACUCCCACCUGGAGAACAGCAAGAUAUGAUCGCCAUGGCAACCGGCCCGCACACAUCUCUCCUCGUAUAGAUUAUGUAAGAGAUCCGACCCAACAACAACAACAACAAAAGUAAAACGCGGGUGGUAAUCUAUAGGCAGGGAUGCAACAGCGGCGGCGUUUUUCCUCCAACACGGGUCCGUCUUGGAUUUGUGAGUCCACAUCAUGCAGACUGAAAGCCCCCCCCCCCCCCCCCCGCCCCAACACAGACCCUGCCUGUAUAAUCAUUGGCUCUGCUGCUGUUUUGUUAUGAGUCUUGUUGUGUGGUUUCAGACAGUUUCAGGUAUCGUAUUUUCUUUUUUUCCCCUUCUUCUCGCUUCACAGUGCAGUACACUUUGAUUUAGCAAAGUAAGAUGAGUUAUGAGAGGCGCGCUGGACGGCAGGUUCGAGGGGUCGAGGGGCGGCGGGGCUCUGCAUGCCAGGAAGUUAAACGAUCAGGAAAGGCGACUACUUUUCACCACUUAGCUUUAAGUACUCCUGCUUGGAUAUUUUUCUAUCUUUCUCACACACACACAAACACACUCGCAGUAUAUUCUAGCAGAGGACUCUGUGCAGUAAGCGCCAAGGACAGAAGCCGGUUUUUAUUGAAAUGAUCUGACAGUCACAUAAAAGCACGUGGGAAGACGACUAGUCAUAAGCGGACACUUUAUUCAGUUUUUUUUUCGUUGUUUGUGCUGAAGGAAGGAGAGAAUGACACGCUGAAGGAAUUCUGCGUGAUUGUCGAUCAGGGUUUUUUUUUUGAUGCCGGUUUACUUUCACUUCUCUAAAAUGAGGAAGUACGUCUCCGCGGCGGUUCGAGAGAACAACACAUUCCAGUCUCACAUUUUCACCUGCUGACAAAUAAACUGAAAUCUGAAAGUAUGCUUGGAUCGGUUUUGAUGAUGAUGAUGAUGCCCUGCAGGGCGGGGCAGCGGUGAUGAUUCUCUUCCAACGGAGGGGAAAUUUUAGUCAGAAUAUACCUUUAUGCUUGCGGCCUGUUCAAAAUUUAAAAAGAAAAAACUGUAUCUUAGCACUUUAAGUUAGCAUAGCCUAGAAAAUGUAUCCGUUUUCAGUCCCCAUAUAUAUUUUCCAUGUGUAAUUUUAGUAUUUAUAUUGUCUAUCUGUAAGGCAAACAAAAAAAUACAUGAAGAUAUAUUUUUGCAGAUGUUAAAGCACCACAUGCUGGUGUCCUUUCAACCAUGUGCUCACACACCGCUACAUGUAGAGGAGACCAGGCUCAAAAAUCCCAACCAAUGGUCUGUUUUUCUGUGCAGAGACUUUUCAAAUUAUCACCUGGGAUCCUCCUCGGUCUUCCUUAAAGAUCUGACCUUCAUCACAGUUUGAUGUCACGACUGCCCAGACCGCCCAACAAAAGGAAAAAAAUUUAAAAAACGAGACAACACCAACAGCUGGCUGCAUGAGAUCAAGACCCGGCAGGCUGCUUCUUUUUUGUUUGUUUUUUUGGUGUACUGUACUUUCUAUCUCGGAGAUCUGAUAACUCCAGUCAGCAAACGUUAUCUCUGCAGGGUUCAAGCAAAGACGAUACUGUUCUUUUUUUGAUACAUGGGUUUUAAUUUUUAGCGCAAGCCGAUCUUAACUCGGAGAUCUGCUUGCGGGAAUUUUUUGGAGUAAAUAAAAGAAAAAAACCAGGAAAAAGAAACUAAUGUUACACUGAUGUCAGCUAAUCUGAGGCGUUCAGUUACAUGUGCAGUUUCUAGUGUUGGGGACGUCCCUGCACAGCCAGCCAUGCAUUCAAAGUGGUUCCUGAAGAGACGAAAUGCAGCAGAUUGGAGCUCACGGUGGGCAGCGGUUCAUGGCAGCAUGAUGAUGAAGGACUCUGAUUGCAGCAGCGUUUUAGGUGAAGCUCUCUAGAGCGACUCGCCGAAUCACUACAAGCUCUGGAGGCUUUGACUUUUGUACGAAGGUGUAGAGAAAAGAUUAUUUUCCAAUGGUGGUCAAGGAAUGUCAGAUUAAAGGAUGAUUCUGGUUUGUUGCCACUUGGACCUUAUUUUAGGAGGUCUGCACACUAGUUUUAUUGGUUCUGAUAUCACUUUAGUCACCGAGUUAGAUGAAGAAAUCUGAGAAAACAGCAGCACCACCAGAAACUGUUAACAAGACAGACAGUAAAGCUGCUUCUAGAUGCUCUACUUUGCUGCUCUGGCAUUGUUUUCACCAAUUUACGCAAAUAAAUUCAACUUAAAAAGCAAUGAUGAGGCAAAAUAAAGCUCUCCGGUUUAAUAGCAAGCAUGUUAGCUCAUUAGCUUAGCUCGUUGCUAAUGGAAUAGUAGGUUGAAGUAUUAUAGAAGGUGUUUUUGCUCCAUCAAUGAGCCACUGAUCUGUUGUGGAGCAGUUUAUAUUGUGGCAGUUAUUUCAGAGUUGUUUUAUUGCCAUUUUCCUGUGCACUUUGGCACAUGGAAGGGCUGGGAAUCGAACCGCCGACCUCGCAAUUGGUUGACAACUGAAAAGUCAAGUUUUUUUUUCUGAAAGCUCAACUGUUGGUGUAGGUACCAGAUAUGGACGCCAUGUGUUUGUGACCCAGACUACCAUGUAAAUAAGCACAUUUCACAGUUGUGCCAAGAAAGAGAGCUAAAUGUGUACGGACACGUAAUGAAAAUGUUUUUGUUUUUUAAAGUAGAUGAUUGAUGCUUUUAAUAUGAACAGAUUCUUUUGUGAUUAGGGGUCAUUCCACCUCGUAUCAUGAGCUUUACUUGACUAUUUCUGAGUUGUCUUAAAUUUUUAUAUCAUCAGUAUGUUGAUUUGUGAAAUUUUAGCUUACGAUGUCAAACUUUUUCUUCCAAAAACCCUCCUGAGACCAUUGAGAGUGUUUGUUCUACUAAUCUUGCAGAGUCUGACUCAAUGACAUGAUGAGAAAUAACAGUGAACAAUUCAAAAUUAAAAAGAAAAAUGUUCUGAAAGUGAGCCCACAGGCAAUUGGUAGGUAUAUGAUAUAUCAAUCUACAAUUUCAAAAUGUUUAAAUAAAGUUUAUGAUUUAAUAAUUCAAUCAAAUCAGAGACGAGUCAAACAGGAUGUCCCUGAUGACCUGAGACGGAGUAAACCGGAUGCAUUUCAUCCUUGCACAUUACAUUUCCUGCUCUGUUAUUUAUUCCUAGAAGUUCUGGAACACUUUCCCUCACACAAACCAGACGAAGGAAUUCAGUGAGGCCAAAAUGCAGCAAACAAAUCAGUACUUUUUCCAGACUAGACUGAAGAAACCUCAGCUGUGUCUCCGAUAAUUCUUACAAUAUGCUAAUGUUGCUUAGCUACCAGGGCACAGAUAAUAUGACUGCCGGCGGGUUAGCUUUGCUGGACGAAGUAAUAAUACUAAUAGUAAUUCAUGUGCACAUGCAGAUGUGGCAGGAUGAACCCAAGUGGUGUCUAUAGCUGCAAAAGCAAGCAAAUAUGGCAUCCAAAGCACAUUAUUAUGGACAGUGCACUCAAAUGUCAUAAAUGCAGUUCUCUAUUAAACAUGCAUGAGAUGUUUUAAAUGUAUAUUUUGGGGGCUUUUUUUUGUAAUUUGAGCAUUAGGAGACAUUUCAGUGAUUUGUUUACCAGAUAGUAUGACGUUAUCAAGCUAAUAUUUGAGCCUUAUUUUGGUUUCAUUGAUUAAUUACACAGAGCUGCUUCAUAAAAUACAAUAAUAUCUUCCAUUUUGCAUUUUUGGGGGCUUUAUCCCCCUAAACCUAAACGACAUCAAUCAGUUGUAAAAAAAUAUUUUCCCAAUUUCAAUUGAAUGUUAAAAAAACAUUGUUUGGAUUUCCACCUAUGAGAGCAUCCUGUGUUUUUGUGCGGUUUGCAUCACCGAGUUCAUUUUAAAACAGAAGGUUUGGCCCUUCCUGUGGCUGAACUGUGAAUUCUUUACAGAGUUUUCAUUUCUUUCGUCUUCAGAGGUGGUGGAAGGGUUGAGGAAAGCAGUACUCACCACCUCCGUUAACCAGCUUCCUGGGGGAAACCCUGCAAACUAUUCAGAAUUUCACAAGAAAAAGACGAAGUUCGAAGAAAUCAGAGAAAAACAACAAGCAUAUGUAGCAGAAUUUCUUAUUAUUAUCGCAUUAAUUCUAAUGAGUUUCUUGUUUUUUAGGGAUGUCGCUGCACUCGGAUGCUUAAUCAUUUAGCUCGGUGAUUACUAAUUUAUUGUAACUGACAGAACCAAACUGAAAUAAACCAGAAUUGUCCUUUUUAAAAAGCUGCAUUCUGAGGUUUAAAGUACAAAACUUCAAGGUUGUACUUGAGCAUUAAAUCGAAGAGGGCUUUCAUGACUCCCAAGUAUUCUAUACUGUAUGUACAGUAUGUUCCUAUAUCACUAUGUGUACAAAUAUUUUAAGCUGUGUACAGACAGAUAUUUUGCAAGUGUGUCAGGCUCAUGCAACGUGUACUCUAAUAUCCAACAACUUCAAAUUGGAGUGUCUGUAAAUCAGUAUAUAUAAUCCUAGCCAACACCACACUAAAUAUGAAUUAUAUGCAAGUUAUACACAAGUACUACCCGACACCUAUCCUCUUUUACUCACUACGUAGUGGUACGUCGUCUAGGCAACUAAUAUCCAACUCCAGUGGCAGCCUGCAGAUAAAAAUGAAUGUUUGUCUGAAGGUUUCAGUCUUUGUAGACACUUUUUAGAUGCUUUUUUUUUCUGAUUUGACUGACGGUGCAGCAGCUGCAGCAGCACAACAACCUAAAUGUGCAGAAGCUCUGGCGAUGAUGCAACAUUGCAUCAGACACUUCAGUCAGCAUCAGAAAAUUCAAAACAACCAGAGGUGCAUUUUGGAAACUGAACUUUUCCCCAGUAGAGGAGACAUUUAAGUGCAGCAGUUGAAGAUUUCACUGAUCACACGUACUUUUUUUCUUCCAAUUCGAGGACCGAAGUCGGCUCUUUACCAAAGACAACAAAUUAUUUCCUGUAUUUUGAAGAACAGGGGACACGGUUGGAGGGUUGUUUGUUCUUUGCUUUGUGUUCUUGUCAGAAGAUGCUGCGUUGUGGUUGAUGGCUCUGGCAUGUUCACAACCACAAUCUGCUGGCCGGCAGCAGCGAUGCAGAGCGAUCACACCCUGUUCGAGCUCACGGCACACAGAUAUUCACACGGCAACACGUGCGCACAUACACGAGCUGCGCUGAGGUCAAGCAUAAACGCGUCAGAAUCGCUACUUUUAGGUUUUAUUUCCUAGUCUUUUCUGUGUCCACCAACUGAACCUCAAAAUCGGAACUCAUCGCGCCAGUUUUUCCUCACUUUUCUCGUGUCUGAACAGCAAACUGACUCCUUGGUUCACUCAGGAGACAAAAAGAAAAGAUCAGAUCUGCCAGCAUUAGAUUAAAAACUAAACUCGUCCGUCAAAAGGUUUCCCUCAGAUUUACUCAGGAUACAAACGGCUAGCUCCAACAAAGAAUACUUUAACAAACACACACUUUUCAUUCCUGUAUAGCUCCACUCUCCUGUAAGUAACUACAUGAGUCAGGUUGUUUUUUUUUCCUGGGUAACCUUAAAGCGCACACGGAGACCUCAGCACUAAUGAACUCUCCACAACACUAAUGAGAAGUAAUGUCUGUGUUUUUAAAGCAGUGUGCGCUGGGACAACACUGCUGGCAUUUUGGGGACGUUGUGUGAAAAGCUAAGAAACGAAAACGACCACAGAGUUAUAUAAAGAGUCACUCUUCUUUUUUUCCUUCUCCGUCUGUCUGUAAAUAUUCUAAUAAACUGGAACUUGCACUGAAAA